AGCUGCGGAAACGAUGUCUCAUUACACCACACACUGUGUAGAGUCAGUCCACUGCUGCACUGAUUCGCACGUCUAAACGACACCAUUUAACAAACUGUGGUUAUCGUAGGGCACGAGCGGAGGGGUAAAACGUUCGCGACACUGCCGACAUGGCAGACGACGGUGUAGACGAAGAGAGGAAGAUAAAGGUGACGGCGGUGGGAGAUUGUGGGGUGGGGAAAACGUGUCUUCUAAUGACCUACGCCACCAACAAAUUCCCCGACAGUGAUGUCCCUGGACUUUAUGAAUGCAGUCAAACUGUGAAAGCUGGACGGUCAACAUCAUUUGAAGUCCCUGUGGAGAUGCAGUUCAAUGGCUGUAAAUACAGCAUUGGUUUGACAGACACGAUCGGAUCAGACGAGUACCGUCGAAUCCGCGAGUUGUUUACAGUGGGAACAGAUAUAUUCCUUGUAUGUUUUAGUGUGACAGACCCCGACACACUGACCAAUGUUAAACAAAACUGGCUCUCUGAAAUCAAAAUUCUGGCCCCAAAGGCUACCUUCGUUUUGGUCGGCACAAAGACAGAUCUUCGAGAGGACGAAACUGUGAAACAAAAAUUAAAAGAAAAAGACCAGAAAGUAAUAUCUAUUCAAGAAGGAAUUAAAUGUGCGAAAACCUUCGGUGCGAAAACGUAUGUAGAAUGCUCUGCAUUGAACCAGAUUGGACUUAAGGAAGUGUUUGAGACCGUCGUCAUGGUUACUGGUCCAGAAACCAGCGACCAGCGGCAUUCCGGAAAGAAUGGCGGACCAUGUGUCGUGUCCUAACUAUGUCGAAAUGGUGGAAUUCACGGAGAGCAUUACGCAUCACAGAAAGGAAUUUCAUCGUAGAAACAAGAUGGGUUUAGUGCAAAAGACUGAACUUCGAUAUUAUAAAGGGUUUUCGUUGCAUUAUUAUGCAUCGUGUACCCACAGUGCAUUCGGAACUGCAUAUAAACAAAAUCAAUGUCAACUGGAUAAAACAAUGGGCUCGAGAGGAAGAAUUGAGAUAUAAGCUGGACUAGAGUAAAUAAUGUCGACUUGACAAGCAAAAACAAAAACACUGGAUAUUAAGCGAAAAAGACAAAUGUGUCAACAGUGCAUGUUCUUUUAAUGAAGAAUGAACCUUAAACACUUUAAGAAUUCCGAAAUAUUAAAUGUUAUCUAAACCAGCGGCUGGUCUGCUGAUCUAACUAUAUGUCCCUAGAUGCCGGCCAUUCUUGUAUAUGAUAUUACUAUUCAUCAUCAACAUGUACGUUAUGCCUUAAAUGGAUAUUUAUGAAAAAUUGUUGUACUGGUUGGGUGACUAAAUACAGCAUACAUGUGUCCAUGACACACUCGCGUGAGGGCAGAGAGUGCAAAGUUCGGAGUUUGUAAUAAGCCUGUGCCGUGAGACAUAAUCGUCACUACCAACAACAAACUGUAAUCUGUCAGACACCUACCACGGACUACUCAGGAUAAUUCACCACAUAAAAAAUAAUAACGUCAUAAGAUAUCUGUUCCUAUGAAAAAAUGAUAAAGUUAUCUUUCUAUGUUCGUAAAAGCAAGUGUAAUAUUACUUUACUAUCAAUCCUUUGGGGUGAAAAUUUAUUAUUUUUCAAAAAUUGAUGAAUGAUUGUAGAUUUAACUGGAUUUUCUGACUGUUUAUAUGCUUUUAACAUUACCUACUGUAUCAGUAUUGCACGAGUAUGUAAAUUAAUUUGACAUUUUCAUCAUGUGCCCAUUUUUGCCAACUUUCCUUAACAAACCAUGAACUUCAUGUACAAGUAAUACAAUGUACAAGACAUUUUAUAUAUUUAUAUAUUUUUACAAUUAGUUUGUCUGCUUUGACACCAAGUGAAGACAUUUCGUUAAUUUAUAUCAUCCAUAAUUUCUUUUGUACAGAUUAUGUUUAAAUAAAAUCCAUAAAACCAA